AGAAAGGAAGAGAGGAAAGAAGAAGAACGGUAAAGAGAAUACACAAUAGAUAGAGAGGGAACGGGGCAAGAGAAACGACCUACCGACAAGCAAGGUAGACGGACAGAAGUCCACCUUCCACUUCCAUUCCCUUACGUAGGUUCACUCCUACUAUAACGACGAACGAACAAGCCUGCCUAUAGCUGGCUUCUCCUUCUCUGUUUCUAUACCUACCUACCUACCUACCUACCUUCCUCUGCGCCAUGGUUAACUCGGACAGAGCCGAGAGGUGAUACACUCGAUACACUCAGCCGGACGAGGGCAACGAAUACCUCAGUCACCUCCUGACAUUCGGUAUGGUACGACCUUACCCCACUGGCGUACGACUGAGAAGGUGCCGCCAACACAAGGGCUGAGAGAACCAAAAAGGGUCCGAGAAGUUGCCGGUGAAAGGGAUAUAUCACGGGACAAACAGAGACACAACAGAGAAAAGUUAAAGAGAAAAGAACUUUAAGAAAAAAGAAAGCAUUAUACAUGGACCACCCUUAAGGGCGUAACUAAACUGAUUCUGUUUUCCUUUCCAUACGUACCUCUCCGCCACAUUCUUAAACAUCUACCGCCCCCUCUCUUCUCCACUCUCUGAGACAACAUUCGUGUAACCCCUUUCUCUCCCCUUGUAUAAGAAUCAGUGCAUCGCGUGUGUCAGGACCAGUGCCAAACGGAUUGUGAUUCUGUGCGGACAAUUUCUCACGUAGUAAUUGCCUAGGCCCUUACGAACAUACUGGGCCCGCCGUGUCUUCCACUAUAUCCUAUGUACAAACGUCAUUCGGUGUAGUGCUUUUAUCGAUAAACGAGAACACAGGGUAUCAGUGGCCCGCUUCGACCGUAAAAGUACCGGCGCGAUACAUCGGUACGGGAACACGCGAGAAUAGGAUACGUCUCGCUUGCUCCUUAGCUGCCACGCGCCAUCGCGAGUGCCGCGUGCGACAAGAGUGAUCAAGUGCUAUGCGAUUAUGACAGUUGUCGAGGAUAUAGCGGUCAAUCCCGAUCGACAAUUGACAAUGGAGGCGAUUUUAUCCCGCGAUCAAAGGACAACUUCACAUAGAGUUCUUGAUCAUUGGAUUUCUCAGGGUGGUUUAACGAAGACCGUGACGUCCACUAGUUUGACAACGUCAAAGAAAUGGUGCAAAAGCUUCGAGACAAAUACUCGACACGCGAGAUUAAGCUCAAGAAUACAAACGAACUAUCGUGAUCAAAGACACUUAUCAUGUGAAUCGUAUCUAGUACCUGCCUUCUACGACGAUCGAGGGAUGCGGUCGAGACACAACCCAUCUGUCACCACGACCACGUGGCUCAGGUUAGGUAGUCUUUUGGUGACUCUGCUCGUGGUGUCAGUGCACGGUGCUCCGACGAUGACCCUCGAGGACAGACGAUUAAGCUUGCCCCCGAAGUGGGUGAAUCCUUGUGGCCUCGCUGCCGAAGAUUUUACCGGUGAUUUGGAUGUGGUGCAGCUGACAGAUUCGCAGCUCCUGUCCCAAGUCGUUGUUCAGGCAAGAACAGCCCUGAUGCACGCGCAGCUUUUUCGUGAUGAUUAUGCGAAGCGAACUUUCAACAUCGAUUUCGCUAAUUUGCAUUCGACAUUUAAGGACAAUCGGUACGAUUGGCUUCCUGGGCCGAAUGAAAUUCCCAAGCAAUUAGGAGAAAUGCUAGAUCAAGAGUACCUCGAUAGAUUAGAGCUCGAUACAGCCCUUAUUGAUGCGUAUGAAUACAUGCAAAAGUAUGCAGUGGGCCUGGAGCAAAUAGUUUGGGACCAAGAAGAUCUUCAACUCGAAUUUCGCAAUCAGUUCGAACAAACGGAGUACAAACUACGAACGGUUCUCUGCGAACUGCAGGUGGCGCUGGUGGAGCGUCAAUUAUCGUCACGUCCCGACGUCACUCGAGACAUCAUGUCACCCGAGUUUCGUGCAGUGUCAUCUUCGGAAACGUAUCGAAACCUACGUGACUGGUUAAUUUUUCGAGAUUAUAUGAACGGUCUCGAGUAUGUGGUACAGGUGUUUGAGCAUUUACGCCGUGGUCUGCAGUCCUGAGGAUGGAAAGGCGGAAGCCGAAGAAGGGUUACCAGGCGACGACUCGCGCAUCUCCGGAAACCAGAACGACAACCCAGUCUGGAUGGCGAAGUUUCGUCAUGAGAUUGGAAAGCGAGCAUAGGCAUGCUCUGUCAAGCAGGCCCAGAAGCUUUCAAAUCCCAUCCUGGUUUCUCUGUCGAGAUGUGUCUCUCCGUAAGAACUAUUCGUCAUGGGGGUUAUCAGCAAGAAAACAAAGCUGGUUCACCGUGAAGCCUAUAUCCUAUAUCGUUUGGUCGCAAAUUGAAUUGACUACCAUGACUUUGAAAGAGAAUUGGUCGAGUUUCGUCAAUGAUAACAUGCUGGAAACUAGAGUCGUGUAAUCAGCAGCCCACAUUGGCUUUCGCCGCCCUUAGUUCACGAUCGUGCAGACGCGUUCGUUUUGUCCAUAUCCAAAGUAUCGUUAUUAAAGUGUUAAGAUGGGUAGUAAGUGACAGAUUACGAAGAUGUCAGCCAGUUCCGAACGACAUACUUGAUGGAAGAGUUUUAAUGAUGACUUCUUUCGCGUCGUGCGAUAUGGCUGUUGCGUCUGAUAAAUUUUAGACAUUUUUACUUCGUAGUAUUUUAUUAUUGGAUCGCAUCUAGUAUUUUUAGAAUAUUUUAACCGCACACUUACAUUGGUUUUACUUUUUUGAAUAAAGAUUAAUAGUUCAAAAUUCAAUGACAGCCAUACCAACGAUCGUUUUCAGCACAUUUUUAUUCACUAGUGUUUGAAAGUGUUGAAAAUGAAACGCGAAAGGGGUGUUUGGUGGGAAUAGGAUUCACAGGGAAUCCGUUUAAACGAGCUUGUGCACCGCAGCGGUAUUAUAUCCUAAGUACACAAGAAAAUACACAGUAUUCGCGCUUUAACUUAAACGUAAGGUAAAAAAAGAAAGGGAAAUUGAAUACGUGGUUAUCACGCGAACAUUAUUAUCACAAAUACGACGUCUGUUGAAACGUCAUAAACAAGCCAUCCACGUUUCGCUCUUAAUCCUACAUGAUAAUUUAUUUGACUAACUGUAAUAUUAUUAUUAUUAUUAUUAUUAUUAUUAUUAUUAUUAUUAUAUUCAUAUUUAUUCAGAUUAUUUAUUUUAUUUUUAUAAAGAUUUUACAUUGUCCAAUUAACUGUAUUUAAAGUGUCUAGUUGAGCUUAAAAUUAUCUAGAGAAUAAGGAAGCAGAAGAAGAUAUAUUAUUAAUAUUAUUAUUAUUAAUGUUAUUCGUACAAUUUUAAUAGUAUUGUAGGGGGAGAAGAGAGAUACGUAUUGCCGCUGCUGCUGCUAUUUCCUUUUGAUUGACGUACCUCCUAAAGGUAUGGAAAAUGAUGUAAAUUUUGAAGAAUAGGAUCAACAACAGCCCCGCCCCCUUCCUCCUACAUUUUAUUUAUUAUUAUUAUUAUUUUUUUUGUUUCAUGCAAUCAUACAAAACCAAUUUUAUUUCGAUAUAUAUAUGAUCGAGUAGUCUUUUUAGAAGAGUCUUUUUGGCUUCUUUUUUCUUUUUGGUCCGAUACUCAUACGAAACUGUGGUAGAUUCAAUGUAAUGCGUGGCACGAAAGUAUCAUAUUAUUUUUGUCAAUCACGGUCAUAUUUUUACUUUUUGAGAUAUAAAAUCUUUUCUUAUUUUAUAAACGUCAAAUAUUGUUUCAUUUUUAAUAAUACUUUGACGGCCAAUGUCAUUAUUAACUUUUCUCGCUAAUGUGUUUUACUUCAUUUCUGUUUACUGUUUUAUAUACUGAUUACAGUUUAGAGGUUUGUAAUUUUUAUAAUGUAGAUUAGCGAGUAUUAUUCCACGAAAAAGAUUCUUGUCCCUUUUCCGAGAUACGAAGAGAUCUAAAUUUAUAGAUAUUAUUGAUUCUAUGAAAUACGAGGUUUCCGAAGUGUCAACAAUCCGCAACAAUGCUUUUACUUUUUUGUGAUACAAAUUUUCGCGCCAGAAUAGUGUGAGUCACGCUUAGCACUGCAUAUCGACAUUCGCUCGAAGAUGAUCGACGUUGCACACUUCUAUUGUACUUAACAAUUUUUCGGGCUGAAACUUUUUAAUUUUCAUGUUAUUGAUGGCCUAUAAACUUACUGUUAAAUAAUGUUUUUAUGAGCGUGUUUUGCAUAAGGACCAUAAUAUUUUUAAUUUCAUAUCAUAGUGUCUGUGAUAUGCAUCGUCGAACAUCUCUCAAGCAAAAUGCUUGUCAUGCUUGAAUUAAAAUAUCUGAUUCUUGUGUCGAGAAAAGAGAAAAAGGAGCGAAAUGACUAAGAAAAAAGAAAAAGAGUGGACGUGUGCCUGUAUAUGCGAGUGUAAAUACGAAAGAAAGACCGAUUUGUGUGGCAAUGUCGAUCUCGUGAAUCGAUCUCGAAUGCGCAUUUCAUUUUAUCACAUUGUUUUAUAUAUUUUUUAUUUAAUAGACCGUCAUUUGUUUCAUUUCUUUUUAAGCAUCGAUCAUUUCUGUUUAGUAAAGAAGACUGCCAUUUUAGUUCAGAUUCUUUUAACCCUUGUGUCUACAAUAACAGAUACUCUUUUUGAUGAAUAACGAAAUAAGUCAUUCAAAGUUUCGCUAUUGAAAACAGAUGCAAAAGGUCCUUGUUUUAUCAUCUAUUAAAAUUAUUCAAUGGUAAUCACAUUUGCAAUCUAAACAUUUUAUUUUUAAUCUAAAAUUUGUUCCUAUUCUAAGAAAUGAAAGAUCUAAUAGUCAUUUAUCCGACAUGUGAUGGUAAAGUUAUGAAAAAUGCGGUUAAAUGUAAGAAUAUGUUGUAAGUAUAACUAAUUUAGUCAUCUAUCUGUGAAAUAAUUAUUUAGAAAGAUUACAAUACAAUUAUAUGUUUUGUACAUUUUAAUAUUUACAAUAACUAUAAGUAUCCACUUUUCAUCUUUGCUUAUCGGAAAAAAAUCCGAAAUAUAACGGCCAUCUUAUAAUUGCGAUUAGUUUGCGCUUUCUACAUUACUUUAUUAAGGCUCCCACUAUUUCUAAAGUAAAUAUAUAUUGGGUCUUGAUCUCUCAGAACCCAAACAUUACAUCAUAAACAACUUUUUUCAUUUUGAUAAUUUGACUCGUCAAUUUUAUCAUUAAUUAGUAUUUAUUAAGUACUUCUCGUAUUUAUUAAACAUAAAUUUAACAUAAUUUUGGUAAAUAAACGUCGGUAUAUUUUUCUUAACGUGAAAAUUAUCGCAGUAGAAUGUGAUGUGCAGAAAAUAAGACUGAAAAGUAGCAACAAUAUGACCAGUCAUAUUUUUACAUUCAACCAUAUUUUUUAUAAUUCUUCAUUACUUCUCAGACAAAUAGCUAUUCGAUUAUUUUAUUUUUGUGUAUAGUGAAAGAACUUUUAUUUUGAAUGACAGCCAAAAUUCGUCUGUUUUUAGUAUUGUUUUUUUUUUUAAAAACGUUAAUGACACUCACCGGUGACAGGAUAAUCGGAUAACUGAAAAAAAGUUAAAAAAAAUAUUAAAUAGUAUUAUUAUUGUACUAUAUAUGCAAAGUAGCGACUGGAAUAUUUGAGUUGGAAUUAUAAUAGGUCUUUUUACAUAGGGCCAUUUACAUUAUAGCGGUCAAUGUGUUAAGUAAUGAAAGUGUUAAAAAAUCGAUAAAAUGUUUAACGUUGCAAACGAGUCAUACAUUAAUAUACUCUUUAGGAAAGACUUCAAUGUUCCAAUCGUAAGCAGCAGCGCAACUUGUUGAAAUGUUGAUGAGCAAAGGACAAUUCUAUCGAUUGCCAAUAAGUAUUUUGUCUUUUUCUUCUUAAAUGGAAUUUGUUUCUAUGUAUCUAUCAAAAUUCAUAUUUGUAUCAAAAUCGGUGUGUAAUUUCAUAUGUAAAGAUACAUAGAAUGUGCCAGGUGAAUACAACAAACAAAUUGUAUUUAUAAUCUUUCUCAAAAUCUAUUGAACGAACGAUAUAAAAAUGAGUAAAAAAUUGGUUUCCAGAAAACAACCGGGCAUAUUCUAUGCGACUGAUACAAACAAUAUACAAUAAAUUUUCUGUAGAAUAAUUAUUGAUUGCUUGGUGUAUGUUGUACAUAAACAAAUUUGAUGAUAUAGAAACCUCAAAGUAUAAUUAUAUAUGUGAAUAUGUAACCUUCUUGGGGGGCAAAUGACUCCCAAAAUGCCCGUUCCGUUGUAUCAUAUUAAACCAAAGACAGUUCUA